GCGAACAGCUGCUGCUCGUACUCCAGCCCGGCGUGGCGGACACAUGCCUCUAUGUGAAGAAAACAGACAAGCAGAUGAGUUUCAUCGCGAUAUACGUGGACAACGAGUUCAGCCAAAUCCGUACAACGUUGGAAUGGCAGUUCAAGUUGUCUACUCUGGGAGAGCUGCGCCAGUUCCUCGGAAUCCACAUCGAGAAGGUCAAAGGCCACUACCAUCUGAACCAGCGUAGCUACAUCGAGAAGCUACUCGGACGGAGACAAAUUUGCCGACGAACACGUCGUACCGUUUGUUGGUUGUACGUCGCGGUCAACUCCCGGCCGGACAUCUGCAUCGAAACUUCGCUGUUGUGCAGGAAAGUUUCUAAUCCCAGCAAUCGCGACUGGACAGAAGCCAAACGCACCCUGAAAUAUCUGAAAGGAACCAAGGACCUCCGUCUGCACCUUGGUAACGGAGAUGGUCUGAUCAUCAAAUUCGGCGGUGGAGUGUGGAACUCGCACAUCACCGACUCCCUGCCCGCCGCCAAGAACAGCUUCCAGACCACGCACGGUCUCGUCCAGACGCAUCCGUCCUUUGGAAAGACCGGCCCAUCGGCCCUCCCACUAACCGUGGGAUCACGAGCAAGCAGCAGUCCCCAGUUGGCCAGCGGGAUCCCAUCGAUCACCAACCCGAACUCCCGGUCACCGUUCCGUCAGCCCUUGUGCGCCCGGACGAGUGUGCCCGAGCUUGCCGCGAAGGAAAACCACCGAGGAUCGGCUACUAUCAAUUUACCGUCGAGGACUACACCGUGCUGGAAGCUGCAGGCAGGCAGAGGAGGUCGGUCGGAGCGACCAAAGCGAUUUGAUUCCAAGCUGGUGGACACGUACUUCGAUGAUGUUGGUGGAAUGGCCAAGAUUUUGCGCGAGUUUUUGCUGCACGUGAAGCAACCGGAGUGCCGCCUCCGCGUGGAUUUGUGCUCGGGGCAGACGUUGCUUGCGCACGCUAUCGCUGGUCAGCUUAAGAUUGGACUGGCCACAAAGUUGGUCGCGGAGCUUGCACGGCGUAAAUCGAAAGCGGUGACGAGGUGCUCGUCAUCGGUGCCACCAACUGGCCGGAUGCGCUUGAACCGUGCCUGCGUCGCGUCGGUCGCUUUGACUAGGAAAUCUCGCUCGGAAUUCAGAAGUGCGAAGCGCGCUCAGAUUCUGAAAAUAAUCUGCAAAAACCUCAAACUCGAACAGACCAUGGACUACGACGAAAACGCCAAUCUAGCCCUCGGUUACGUCGCAGCAGUCACAACCGCCAUCAAGCGAAUGCUCACCGAACGCGAACGCCAACAGCUGCUGGUCGAGCGUCGCAAGACGGAUCAGGAUCGACUCAAGCAACUUGCCAAGAAGGUCGUCGUCGAUGACAAAGUCAUGAACGGCGGAAUCGGUGAGCCAGCAUCAGUCCACAGUUGCACCAGUGUCACCGCCGAACUCCGCAGCAAUCCCAGCCUGCCCGCCCGGACGAGAGUGCCUGAGCUUGCCGUCGAGUACUAUACCGUGCUUAGAGCGCAGGCAAAGGGGGCUACAAAUUUGGUCGCGGGGGUUUCCAGCAAGUCGGAACAACGCAUCCAGGACAUCCAAGAGGUGUUCAAUCAGGCAACGGUCCUCUCGCCGUGCCUACUCUUCUUCGACGAUAUCAACGCCAUCUCGGCGAACCGCGUCACCGCGCAGAAGGACAUGGAACGACAAAUCGUUGCGCAGCUGCUAUGCAGCCUGGACGGCCUUUGCGAAUCGAAGAAGGUGACAAGGUGCUCGUCAUCGGUGCUACCAACCGGCGGGAUGCGCUCGACCCGGCCCUGUGUCGCUCCGGUCGCUUUGAACAGGAAAUCUGGCUCGAAACUCCGGAGCGCGAAGCGCGCGCUUAGAAUCUGGAAAUCACCAAACUCGAGGAGACCAUCGACUACGACGAACUCGCCGGUUACGUCGGAGCAGCUCUGCUGGCGCUGGUCACCCGCACGGCCGCGAACGCUAACAGCUGUUGGUCGAGGCCAUUCGCGAGCCUUAUCUGGAAAUCCUGCACCGCAAAGCGGAACAGGAAUGACUCAAGCAACUUGUCAAGAAGGUCGUCGUCGAUGACGAAGUCAUGAAGGGGAGGAAUCAGCCAAGAGUAUGCUCAACGGAUGAUGAAGUGGUUACGCUGGAUGAUGACGUUGAGGAGGUCGUGAACCUGACAAAGAGGAAGAAAAAUCUUCCAAAGCAGAGAAGACAACCGCGGAAGAGAAGAAAGCAAUCUGGCGUUAAAUUAAUUAUAAUUAAUAACAUAUUUUGUUAAAUGAAAUGUAAAUUUAAAUACGA